AUGUCGAACGACCAGCAGAUUGAUCUCGCGGACCGCAUCUCCGAGCCUGUUAUGCCUCAGGAGGUUGCGCGGGACAUUGCUGUUUUGGAGCAGCAGUUCAUUCGCGCGGAGGUUGAGCAGUUGCGCCGUAACAUCCUCGACUUCCGUCCCCUGUAUGAGAAGCGCGCUAAGAUCAUCGCGCACCCCGAGGUGCAGAGCAACUUCUGGGUUCGCGUGCUGUCAAACGCGUCCGGUGAGAUCGAUCAGUACAUCACGCCCGCCGAUGCGGCGAUCCUCGGUUCCGCCCUGAAGGACCUGAAGGUCGAGCGAUUCGAGGUCAACGAGAAGGGCGAGGGCGAGCCGCGCAGCAUCCGCCUCACAUUCGAGUUCCUGACCGGCGAUGAGAACCCGUUUUUCGAGAAUGAGAAGCUGGUCAAGGAGCUGUACUGGCGGAAGCAGGUUUUCACCACCGCUAGUGGCAAGAAGAGCACCUGGGACGGUCUUGUGUCCGACCCCGUGCGCAUCAACUGGAAGAAGGAUAUGGAUGUCACCAAGGGUCUGCUAGAUGCCACGUGCGACCUGUUCGAGGCGGAGAAGAAGGGUGGCUCCCGUCGGGACCUGCCCGAGUUCAAGAAGCUCCAGGACAAGCUCGUCGAGGUGGAGGCUCUUGAGGUCGAUGAAGAGGAGGAGGAGAACGACGAUGAGGAUCCUUUGGGACAGCCCUCGGGCCAGAGCUUCUUCAACUUCUUCGGUUACCGUGGAGGCGACGUGACCGCCGAACAGUCUGCGACGGCGACCCAAGAGGAGGAAGAGCGACUCGAAAAGUCCCUCAAGGGCGAGAAGGUUGAGUAUGACGAGGCCGACGAUGACGAGGAUGUGGAUGAUGACUUCGAUGAGAUCGAAGCCUUCCCCGAGGGAGGUCAACUGGCCAUUGCGCUCGCCGAAGAUCUCUGGCCCAACGCGCUGAAAUACUAUACUCAAUCAUUCGAAGAAAUGCCUGAUGAUUUCGACAUGGACGAGCUCGACGAUGAGGAUGACGAGGAGGAAGAAGAAGACGAAGAGUCCCACCCCCGCAAGAAGACCAAGGUCUAA